UUAUUUUGAUGUUGAAUGGCUAAAUGUAAUUAUCUUCUCUUACUCUUCUUUCUCCAGAAUGCUUUAACUGAUACUCAACGUGUGUGCACUCCCUCUAUCACAGAUUACUGGAAACCUCUGGCAGAAGAUAUGGAUGAAUCUGCUGGAAUAGAAGCAGAAUACCAUCACAAAAAUAACCGGGUCUAUUGCUGGAAAGGUUUGCGGUUUUCAGCCCGCCAAGACUUGGAGGGAUUUUCCAGAUUUACAGAGCAUGGUAUUGAGGGGGUUGUGCCUCUGGAACUUUUGCCUGCUGAAGUACGGGCCAGAUAUCAAGCUAAGCCAAGUGAAAGGACUAAGCGGGCUAAGAAGGAGGAAACAAAAACCUCAGCGCAGCAAGCAGAAGAAAAUCAGGUACCUGAAAGCGAACUUAACCUUAUGUUCCCC